GAAGACGGCGCGGGGUGCGGUGUUUGUUGAGGUCGUCAUCGUCACCAUCAUCAUCGCCGCCUCCACGGUGACUUUGCGGUGUCGGGGGUGCUAAAGACCUCGGUCGCCAUGGACAAGGGAGGCGGGUCCGGCGGCUGGGACGCCGGUGAGAAAAAGGAGCCGGUGGGCGGCGAGAACGCCGGUGAGACGAAGAAACCCGCCGGCGACAACGCACCGCCGUCGCCCGGUUUUGACCCCGAGUACGUCGAGUUCACCGCCUCGCUGCAGAGCGCCUCGGCGCGAAGCAGUUUGACCGUGGCCCCCGAUUCCGCCGGUGGGAGCGGAACUGCACUGCACACUCGGCUGGCGGAGGUGCUGAACGAGAAGCUGCUGGACCCUCUCUUGGACACGUACCACCAGGGAACCGAAUUGGUUCAGACGCACGUCGUGGACCCGGUGAGCCAGGCGUACGAAGGAGCACCUGCUUACUUUCAGAGCACCGUGGUGGAGCCAAUAAAGGACGCGUACAACCGGGCAGUCGACAUGUACGACGAGAACGUGACCAAGCCUGCCGCUAAAGCUGCCGGUAGCCUCACCGACUUCCUGAAGAGCUACGGCGUCUGGAAGGACGACGAAGAGGCUUCCGGGUCUCCUCCUCGUCCUCCUUCGUCUACUCACCACAAGGAGCAGGGUGAGAUGGAAGGGGCCCAUAUAGGCGAAGGACACAAAGGCGGAGAUCACAAAGGCGGCGACUCGAAGCCACCAAAAACUGACCACCUCGAAAGGAGCCUGGUGUUCACGUAUCGGGCAGUUGCGUCUCAGUACAUGGGCCUCUUUGGCUAUAGGCCCUUAAGCGAAGAACGGAUUCAACAAGUCCAUUAUUUAGAGGAGCCUCGUUCCCCACCGAAGCUGCCCGAAGGUCCGAAAGUGCCCGAGCCUCAAAAGAGCACCACGGAGGUGCCGCUGAAGCCAGCGCUCAAGCGACGAGACUCGCUGACGUUCGCGAUGCACAAGCGAGCCGACCACGGAGGCGACGGAGGCGCAGGAGUCAGGAGCCCCGACCGGCAAGCCGAGGGCGGCAAGGGCGGCCUCGAGGCCGGCCACAAGGUCAAGUUCGGCUACGAGGAGGUGCGCACGCUGCCGCCGGAGAAGAAGCGCAACAAGCACGACUUCAACGACGUUGUCGAAGACCAGCUGGGCAAGAUCACCACCAAGCCGACGUCACAGAAAGAGUCCAAGGAGCUUAUCGACGCCAUGUUGAAGGAAGCCAUAGAAGCCAGAUCCCAGGAGGGGAAGAAGAAGCGGGAAACGAAAGUAUCCGAAGAGCCGGGUUUCGCGAAGACCGCGGGAAAGGCGGCGGUGUCCGGUAAGAGCGUUGCCGGUUGGGUGGCCAGUCCGGAAGAGGUGCACGAGUACCGGAAGUUCCAGGACAUGCUACACAGCAGAGACAAGUCGGGCAAGAACGGGGACGAAGGCAGCGCCGAGGACGACAAGGGCCCCGCACACGACAAACCGGAGGGGCAUAAACCGGCAGGCGGAGCUGCGAAGCCCCACGAGGAGGGUCACAGGCCUGAAGCCAAGCCAGGUGACAAGCACGGCGGGAAGGAUGAGGCGCACAAGAAAGCCGAAAGCGGCAAGAAACCGGACGCGGGCAAAACGGGGGCCAAGCCGCCCGGCGACAAAGCCGGUGGCAAGACGGAAGCCAAGCCGAGCGGGAAGCCACACGCUGCGGCGCCGCCCGUCGCCGGUCUCGCUCCCGCUGGUCACGGGCCGACUUCCGGUCGCGGGCCAGCUCACGAGCCAGCCGCCGCUACCGUCAAGAAGUCCAGUUCCUGGACGAAGGCGCUCCGACGCUUCUUCCGCCGGAAGCCGGCCGACGAAGAGAGCACGGAAGAGGAAGGGGUGCAGUAUCGCGAGAUGGACGAGGAGUUUAUCGAGUGCGCCGAGGACUUGGGCGCCGCCGGUGAAGUGGCUCAUGGCGCCGGCAAGCGCCGGGCCUCCGGCGGCGCUGCUGACGCAGAUGCAGCGGCGUCUGCUCCCAAGCAGUACAAGCUCAACGUUUGCCUACUCGUCACUUCCGGCGCCGUCAUCUUCGUCGUGCUCCUCGCCGUCCUGCUGUCGGGCGACCUGUUCGACGACCUGGACAACAGCGUGCCCACUUUCGCAAUCGACACGGCCAAGGUGGUCAACUUCCUGGACGACGCGGGUUUUCUCGGGGCGGGCAUGAACUCCUCUAUAAUGGGCAAGCCCGGCUCGUGGAGACCUCUUCUGGAGAGACCGGCCAACGACAGCCUCGUCCUGUUGCUCAGGGGGCUGGCGCCGGCCGUGCUUCGGUUUGCGGGUCACGAGACUGACCACUUCUACUUCGUAGAAGGAGAGGAGGACGGCAAUUCCAGUCGCGGUGGGAAAGAGGAACACGGAGGAACGGACGAAGGGGGUCUGGCCUCGCGAGGCAACCUACCGUUCGUCGUUCAGCACAGCCGGCUCCGCGCUUCCAGCACCAGCAGCCGCGAGCGGUUCCCCCUCAUGGGUUCCGAGUGGGUCGCCCUGAACAACUUCGUCGAGCGCUGCGACUGGCGCCUCCUGUUCAGCCUGAACGCCCACCGGCUCGAGGACGUGGAGCCUUCGUCUCCCGUCUUCGGCCGCUGGGACCUUCGAGACGCCGCGCUGCUCAUGCGCUUCAGCGAGCGCCACAACCUCACCUCGAGGCUCAUGUGGCAGCUGGGAGAGGCCGCGGCCGAGAACUGGCCCGGCCCCGGUCCCAGCCCUUACGCGCUGGCUUGCGAGUACGAGGCGCUCCGCGACCUCGUCUCCUUCUACCCGGCACCCCUGGUUGGGCCCGGCGUGUCGACCCUGCGCAGUCCCGGGCUGCGCUACCUGGAACGCUUCAUAAAGGGCCGUGGCCGGUUCGUCGACGUGGUGUCCCUGAGGCACGUCCUUCACGACUCCUCCAACGUCACCGUCAAGGACCUACUGGACCCCGCCGUCAUGGAGCGCUUCGACUCGCAGCUGCAGAACGUGCAGGCCCUGGUCGAAACGGCGGCGCCCCGGAUCACGAGGAUCUGGCUGACGUCCCUGUCCACGACGCCCGGCUUCGUCGACGGCGUCUCGGGAACGUUCGCCGCCAUGCUGUCCUGGACCGAGGCCUUCGGCGUGGCCUCCAAGAGGGGCGUGGCCGCGGUGCUGCGCGACUCGCUUCUCGGAGCCACGGCCGAAUCCAUGAUCGUGGCCAAAAACGAAUCCGGCGAAGGAGUCAAGCCGACGGCCGACUACUGGGUGACGCUACUGCUGGCCAAACACGUGGGCCAGAAGGUGCUGACCAUCGAGGAGUCGAAGCUGAAGGAUCCGGCCACUCGAAUCUACGUCCACUGCGCCCGUAACUAUCCGGGCGGGCUGGCCUUUUACGGCGUCCGCCUCGCCGACACGGGCGCCAAAUUGAAGAAAACGGGAUCUCGGAAGCUCUGGGAGAACCAGCUGCGUUGGAUUCUCACGUCGGCUUCGGAUCUCGGAGGCUCCGAAGUGCACCUGAAUGGCGAGCCGCUGUCCUGGUUCGGCGGCGAUGGAACAAACCCCCCAGACCCUAAACCAGAAGAAUUGCGGUACACCAUUAUCAGUCUGCCAGCUUGGUCGAUGGGUUUGUUCGUGUUCCCCAAUGUCAAAGCGGAGGCCUGCUACCAUAACUGGACUCCCUAAAUUUAUUUGUUCCUGCCCAGUAAAGCAGCCGUCGAAAAACACGUCUGUCUUACGGAAUUCGACGUCAUCAGAAGCCAGACUCCAACAGCACUGUUUUAAGCUAGCUCCAAGGAAGAUAACGAGUUAUUGUCCUAUGCGCCACUGCCUAUUGAUUCUCAACAAACAUUACGUAUAGUUAUAGGUGCUGUUACAUAUUUUGUAAUGUUCAUCACAUUGUCUUCGUAUUUUCUACCGGCGCCAUACGAGCGCGCGUCUGCUUGUGAUGUUGCAUUUCCAUCUUCGAUGAGUCACGCAUAAUGCAUAUAAUGCAUACUGUAUUGAAGCAGGGCGUGCAAGUAUAAACGUCAAGAUGGCUACCCUGAGUGUUAGCUUGAUCAAAAUAUGAACAUUGACUUAUGAAAUAUGGCCAGGGUUCUUGUGGCACAUUGGUAUAAACGCCGAGGUAUGAUUGCUGGGAUUCUAUUACUGUUUCCGGUAACCACUGAUCGCUUAUGGUCUGGAAGGAGCGGCGUACAGUAAAACAGAAAACAAGCUAACCAAUAAAUCAAGCUACAGUCUCCUCUCGA